GUCAAAAAACGUCACCUUUUUCUCCACGGGGCGGCGGAAACUAAGGAGCAGCCGUCUGCGGAGCCGUCCGCGGAUUCCUCUCUCUCUCUCUCUCUCUCGUUCAUGCCAUUACGGCGACAAUGAUCUCCACGAAUCUCUUUCCCCACCAUUUCUGCUUUUCCAUACAACCGAAAGAUGAAGCCCGUUACUGUCGGAAGUUCCUCUUCCCCAUGUUAACUUCUCGAAGCUCUCGGUUUCGAGAAUGCCCCUUCCCCAGAAUCGUGUGUUCCGACAGCAAGUCGGAGAGAAGACAGAUAGAGAUUGUUUAUGACCCAGAUGAAAGAAUCAAUAGGUUGGCUGACGAGGUGGAUAAGCAGGCAGGACUUUCAAGGCUGACACUUUUUUCUCCUUGUAAGAUUAAUGUCUUCUUGAGAAUAACAAGCAGGAGAGACGACGGGUACCACGAUUUAGCUUCUCUUUUUCAUGUAAUCAGUUUAGGAGAUACAAUUAAGUUUUCAUUGUCCCCGACAAAAAGUAGAGACCGGUUGUCAACUAAUGUGCCAGGAAUCCCUCUCGACGAGAGCAAUUUGAUUAUCAAAGCACUUAAUCUUUACAGAAAGAAGACAGGCACUGACAACUACUUCUGGAUCCAUCUUGACAAAAAGGUUCCUUCUGGUGCUGGGCUUGGUGGUGGAAGUAGUAAUGCUGCUACUGCAUUAUGGGCUGCAAACCAGUUUACUGGAGGCAUUGCUACAGAAAAGGAGCUUCAAGAAUGGUCAAGUGAGAUUGGUUCAGAUAUUCCCUUCUUUUUCUCUCAUGGAGCAGCAUAUUGUACUGGUAGGGGUGAGGUCGUUCAGGAUAUUCCUUCACCAAUUCCCAUGGAUAUGCCAUUGGUUUUAAUAAAGCCUCAAGAAGCUUGCCCUACUGGUGAAGUUUAUAGGAACCUUCGCCUAGACCAGACUAGCUCAGCUGAUCCUUUAUCCUUGUUGGAGAAGAUCAGGGAAAGUGGGUUUUCUCAAGAUGUCUGUAUCAAUGACCUGGAGUCCCCUGCUUUUGUAGUCUUGCCGUCCCUGAAAAAGUUGAAGCAAAGGAUCCUUGCUGCAGGGCGUGGGCAAUAUGCUGCUGUUUUCAUGUCAGGAAGUGGAAGCACCAUAGUUGGUGUUGGAGAUCCAGAUCCUCCACAGUUCAUCUAUGAUGAUGACGAAUACCAAAAUGUCUUUGUAUCAGAGGCAUAUUUUCUCACUCGAAGAGAGAAUGAAUGGUACACUGAACCGAUCUCGCCUGGGGCCACGCCUUGCAAUGAUAGCAGCGACAGCAAAUCAGCAAGGUGAUAGAGUGCAAAUCAUGUGUCAUAAACAAAUUGACAUACAGCGAUUGUAAAACACGAUGGAAGUAAAUGCUGUAAUUGUUUAUUUUAGUGCUCAAGAGAGUGGAUACCUGAUGUAAGCAUGAUCAGUGAUGCAUAAUUAGUUUCCGUUGAGGUAUAAUCUUUUCUUAUUUUGGCAAUGACAAAGUGUGAACAGAUCAAAAUUGUGGACCUCCUUUAUAUAUGAGAAUUUGCAUAAUGCAGUGAUA